CGAAUGCAUAAUUAAAUCUUCAUGUGUUGGCGUAUUUAUCAAGCUAAAGUUCAACAGGUCACAACCCCUCCAAUAACGCAAACUCUGAAAAAGUGUUUCAGUCUUGCGCGUCUUCGCCACCCUGCAAGUCGCCCUCAAACCUCCACCAUCCUGAAACUCGUCUGAACGUAUCCACCACUCUCAAAACACCAAAAACUCCCCCAAAGUGUUAAUUUCGCCCAAAAUGAGUGAUUUUUCUCAAAUUUCGUGAUUAUGUGCUACGAUACAAACACACGAACUUCAACCGCGCUGGCGCCACAAAAUCGAUCACCCCCAUCACGUUCAAAAUGAGCACGAAAAUGUCAUCACGUCCUCGUAAACACAAGCACAAAGACGACAUGAAACAAGAAACGGUAGCUCAAGUCCACAAAACCGUCAAAUCCGACACGAGUUCGGACGAAAAAAACAAAAAAAACGAGGACAAGAAUGACAAUUAUAGCACGAAUACACCAAGUCGGGACGUCUCCGUGGACGAAGAGUCCCAAAUCAACUCGAAGAUCCUGUCGCUGAUUGAAAGCGAAAUGAAACGAGAUGCCAACAAACACUCGCAUUUUACGGACUCGAGGCCGCAGAGCUUGAGCUUCUACGAAGACGAGAAAAUCCCGGAGGAGCUUUCAGGUAACUUGGAGCUGCUGAGUCCCGAGGAACGGAAGCACUACAAGAGGCGCCGGGAGCUGGACACCGACGAGAUGAACGCCUACAACGUCAUCCAGGAUUUGUACGGGAGCAGAGACGGGGACGAAAUCAUAUCGUCCACGAAAAAGUCAAAAUCGAGGAAAAAACGACACGGAGAUACGGAAAUCGGGAUUGGUGACAGCAGGGAAAUGAUGAUACCGAAGGAGAAGAAGAAGAGCAAAAAGAAGAAGAGGGAGUCGUCGCCGGGGACGGGCAAACGCAAGCACAAGAAGAGGGACGAGGAGUUCGAGCCGAGGAAUGACAUUACGGUUGCACUGGAAGAAUUGCAAGACGACGUGUUCGAAAAUAACGAGGAGUUCAAUAAGGUUGAAAAGGUGAAGAAGAGUCCGAAGAAGUCGGAGAAGGUCUAUGUACAAAAGAAGAACAAAUUUGAAGCUGUGAGUCGACCGAAUAAUUUAAAUAGACAGAGUGCGUACGACUUUGAGGAGGAUCUUCCAGGGAAAAAUUUUCAGACAUAUCACCCUUUGGAGCUUGCAGUGUCGUUCCAGAAGUACUGGAUGCGGCUGACGACGCUCUGUCAUGGUUUGCUGGGUGGUUUGGCCUUUGGACACUGGUUGUACAUCAUCAGCAAUAUCUACGUUCAGGAUGGCGAAUUUAUAUCACACUAUUCUCAUUUUAGUGACACUUACGUGUCCUUUUUUUACUUCCUGUGCGUCAUUUGUCUCAUAUCCGUGUUUGAAAAGAUUGAUAUUGCUCAUUUUGAGAGAUCUCAAUUUAGGAGUUUAUUCCAUUUUAGGAAAAGUUCUAUAGUGAUAGUAGUGUACUUCACCUGUCUGGUUGUGCAUUUAUCAGCUGCCCGAAUUGACUAUAAGUUAGGAUUAGUAUCGUACAACAACGAGACCAUAUCAAAUAUAACGAGAAGUGAGCUUACACAGUGGAACCAUUUAUCUUUGUGGCGGUCGGUGUUGGCUUUUUUAGCUUGGAUUAUUGUCGGGUUGUCGCCUCAAGACAACAUGUUCUAUGAUAACUUGAGGAGUAUGGAGAACUAUCUUCCGCAUAAAUGAUAUUUAAAUGUUUUUUUCUCUUCAGUCUAUGAUGUGAUAACAAAUAAAUAAAGAAGACUGUAAUAUUUAUUGACUAGUUAAUAAAGAGGAAUAACAA